AUGGCGACAGAGACCCAUCAUGAACCUCAAUUCCAUUCAACUUUGGACAGCCAUCACUCAGAAUCUGGUCCUUUCCUUCAAAUAUCCACAUCCGUUCUCUCCGAGAAUGACAUCGAAAUCCUUCAAGAAGAAUUGCCUGUGGUAUACGACGGCCAAGUUCCACUUUCUGAAUUACUUUCACGGGUAAUGCAAUCAAUAUAUGCAGAGCUAUCGGAACUGGCUGAAACUAUGCCUGGCAUGUCAGAUGCCGCUCGCAAGCGCACGUUGGCCGACUGGGUGGUCAAAACUAAGAAGCAGGUCGUCAAACUCUACGCUGCUGUUAAAUGGGCACGGGAUGCAGAUACGGUUCAAAAGUCGAUGAAUCAACAAUUUGAGGACGCUGUCAAAGCUUUACAUUAUGGCAAAGAAUCUCUCAAUCCUGCAAAACUUCGAAAUCACGAUUUACUCACAUCCCUCGAUGUUCUCACAAGUGGUUCUUAUCUAAGGCUCCCUACUUGCAUCAAGAACGUAGUCAUUCCACCACCGUUGCUGACAGACGACGAGGUAAAGCGUACCUUGUCAAAUAUGGAGGACGUUAUCCGCUACCGUCUCCGCAUGACGGAGAUCAUACCUGUGGAAAUGUCGCGUCAUCACAUUGGAGAUGGACGAGUUUAUUUUGUUGUUCCCAAGUUAUUCGAAACAUCUCUAUGUCUCCGGGGAGCUGAAAAGGACGACGGGUGGUUCUUCGUCCACGUGGAAUUCUUGUUCAAUGUAGGAGGGGACUCGACUGGACUGCAAGAGUUUCCGCGGGCGCCAAAAGGAAUCACAAAGCGGCACAUCAUGGAUGAAGCGGAUGCUCGCCUUGCAUACUACCUCCCACCACCUAGCACUCAGACCGAAGAACAAACCUCUUCGCGGCCUCAGUUACCAGAAGGCAGGGUCGACACACCUCUUGUUCGCGUGUACAAUUUCUUACAGAUGAUGACAUUGUCAUAUCAACUAGAAAUACUUUGGUAUCAGGUACCGUCGUUCAUAAUUUGCAUGGGAGAUGACUCACAUCAAGCCCAGGCAGAGCGUAUGCGCUUUUUAGGCUGGAAAGAUUACUUGGCAGUCAACAUGAGCCCUAAUCGGAAGACAUUAACAGCAUUGUAUUGGUUGCGCCCAUCAAUCGCAGUAAUUCCAGGUCGACCAUGGAUGAAAAUACCACCGCAAGGUGGAACCCUUAUUGUAUCUAUUGUUGAAGCCAAAACAACCACUACCCGCAAACCGAAGCAACGAGUAUUGGCGCAACUGCAGGAAAGGUCUAAAUUAGGUGACGCGAAACCAUCGGACGAAGUUGAAAGUCUUAAAAUUGUCGUUCAAUGGACGCCAAGUAAAGAAGUAUUUGGGGUGACUUGUUUACCAGCAGAUAUCGUUCUGUCUGAAGACGCAUUGAACGUUGAUGCCGACAGGCUGGACUUUCAGUCAAUGCUGCAAACCGUGAUCAGACAACACACAGGAGCUAUUCUUUCUGCUUUUAAAAGUCGACUUCAGAAAGACAAAACAGAUACUAUCCAAGCUCUACGAAUUCAUCUGUGUGCUGACGAAAUAGUGACCGUCACUGUCGACUCAAGGACAGGUCGUUUAAAUCUUCGUUCCAUUGGCGACUUAGCAACAGCGGGGCGAGGGCCUCGAUUUCUCAAGAUAUCUGAACGGCUAAACGAGGAUCCCAAUCUUUUAUCGGCUUUGACAAAUCUCAGAGUAUUGACUAUCAUUGAUUCAGCAGAACAAAAGGCCAAGUACCUUGGAUUGCAGUCUUAUAGACGUCGUAAUUUCCAGCCAAACGAAAUCUACAAACUUAGAGGGGCACGUGGGACUCUGUUUAUUCAAUUGGCCAACUUCCCCAACUACUACCUCGUUCUCGUUAUCAAAGACAGGGGCUUCAACUAUGCGCUGAUAUCAACUAAGAUAUUGCCAGAGUCAUCAUCCGCUACCAUGGUGAUGGAAGACAUUGCAUUCCUUGAUUUCGAUUCCAUGCCUGGGGAGGACAUCGUGAUUACUGCUCACUCAGCUGAGUUCGACCCUCAUAUCAGCAUGCAACGAAGCCGAGUUUCGGUCGAUGGCAAUGCACGUGGUGACAACCAGGUUGGUCAAACGUCUGGGAGCUUCGAUUUUGAGAUUCAGGCCCUAAGGCAGUUAUACAGUUAUUGCUGUGCUCGCGUGGCCUACUUGAACGUCGAGAGACAAUUUAAGCUGCGUGGAAUUCCCUUUACGCAUGUUGACCCCACUGGUGGUCCGACCUCUGCGGAACUUGGCUACAUACAGUCCUCGCUGGCAAGAUCUGUUCCUGCGUUGUGCGUGCAGUCGAAAGACAUACUAUCCGGCGCUCCAGCAGCUGAAGCUGCCAUGCCCAAUAUCCGCGUCAUUCCACUUAACUGGUGGUCAGAAGACACUGCUCAGGUUGUAACCUGUGUCAAGUUGAAGUACGUUCAACAACCAAUGGGCAAAACCGCUGGUAGAUCUGUCAUCCGUCCCUCAAAACGCAUUGUAUACGACACCAAAGAGGCUGUCGUCUCCUUCCUAUCGGAAAACGUCAACACAUGUGUGGACGAGUUUCUCGAAGAAUGGGCCCGCGUAUCGAAGAUGGUUGUCAUUGCUAGAGAAGUGGCACAGAUGACAAAGGUCAAGGGUUGGCACGAUAUACGCCUGCUAUCCUUCGAUUUGCAGACUGUUGAAUUUGCCUAUGCCCAGGAUUACGCCGUAUCAAUAUCCUGUGAAGAUCAGCUUUCUCUAACGGGGGGCAGUUUUCAUCUUCGUUUCUCCCGAUGUCCUCAGGAUUCUGUAAGAGAUGAAGAAGGUUCUUACAACCCUCAUGACGAGGCGGAAACUUUUAUGAAUAAUAUUCUGCAACACGGUCAUGGACGACUGGCGCCAUCGCUUCAUUGUUUGGUGGCAUUGCUAAGAGACACUCUCCCGAUCGUUGUCGAGUUGGAGUCGAUUCGCCGCUCUAGCAAACAGGGUAGUUGCAUCGACGUCUUUGCCAAAGCCGCUGGCUGGUACCGGUUACUUUACACAGACUUGAAACACGCGCUAGACCUUCGACUCAUGAGUGGUCAACGAGUUGCAAUACUUGAUGCCUCUCACUCUCUUUUUGAGACGAAACGGCAGGGCGGCACGGCUCCUGAGACAGUUGAGAACGAAGUCAUGCUGCGGCCCAUCCCACAUUUCAAGGAAAUAGUCCUGGACGCUGUGAAGCAAGUCAUGCUCGCUGAAAAUGUCCAAAGUCACAACAUUGCUGCAAUUGACGUUGGAGUGGUUUGUGAUACUGAUCUGGUGGGUGCUCUGGGUCGGAUAAUACAUACCAAAGUUGUGGAACAACUGACACCAUGA